AUGGAGAUCAGACCUGGUCUAUCAGCUCUGGUCACCGGCGCUGCCUCUGGAAUCGGCAAGGCGCUGAGUUUAGCUCUGGCGGAGAAGGGGGUAUUUGUCACAGUGGUUGAUUUAUCUGAAGAAAGAGGGAAGGAAGUUGUAUCCCUUAUCCAGAAAGAGCAUGCCAAGUUUCAUUCCAAGUUGGAUUUCCCAUCAACUCUCUUUGUGAGAUGUGAUGUAUCAAAUUCAAAAGAAUUAGCUGCUGCUUUUGACAAGCAUGUUGCGAUCUAUGGAGGGUUGGAUAUUUGUAUUAGCUGUGCUGGCAUUGGCAAUCCCAUACCAUUCCAAAAGGAUCAAACGGACGGCACUAAAUCGUGGAAGCUUGCUCUUAAUGUGAACCUAUCUGCUGUAGUUGACAGCACUCGCCUUGCGAUUAAAGCUAUGGAAGCCACAAGAAAACCUGGAGUCAUUAUAAAUCUGGGGUCUGCUUCAGGUCUUUAUCCAAUGUAUAACGAUCCUAUCUACUCUGGCUCCAAAGGUGGCGUUGUCAUGUUUACCAGGUCGCUUGUUCCAUAUAAAUGCAAAGGUAUCCGCAUCAAUGUGCUUUGUCCCGAGUUCGUUGAAACUGAGAUGGGAUUAAAAGUGGAAUCUAAAUUCAUUGAUAUGAUGGGAGGUUUUGUUCCAAUGGAAAUGGUAAUAAAAGGUGCUUUUCAGCUUAUAACUGAUGAGAGCAAAGCUGGUUCUUGCCUAUGGAUUACGAAUCGGAGGGGAUUGGAAUAUUGGCCUACUCCUGCGGAAGAGGCAAAAUACUUGGUGCGUCCUUGGCAAUCUAAGAAAUCAGUAUUAUUCAAGGGCCCAGUAGACCUCCAACUUCCAGAGACUUAUGAGAAAUUAAUUGUUCAUACCUUAAGCCACAAUUUCCGCAAUGCUACUCGCAUCGUGCGCACUCCAUUAAAGUUACCGCUUGGACCACAUCAAGUUCUUGUUAAAAUCAUAUAUGCUGGGGUGAAUGCUAGUGAUGUGAACUUCAGUUCAGGGCGUUAUUUCUCUGGUGGGAACAAUGAUGUUAGCUCCAUGCUUCCACUUGACGCUGGUUUUGAGGCAGUGGGCAUUGUUGCGUCACUGGGAGAAUCUGUUAAGGACUUGAAAGUUGGAACUCCUGCUGCUAUAAUGACUUUUGGAAGUUAUGCUGAAUUCACAGUGGUCUCUUCAAAACAUAUCCUCCCUGUACCAAGACCUGAUCCAGAAGUUGUUGCGAUGCUUACUUCAGGCUUAACAGCUUCAAUAGCUCUGGAUAAGGUUGGACAGAUGGAAUCUGGAAAAGGGGUCCUAGUAACUGCUGCUGCUGGAGGCACUGGGCAAUUCGCAGUCCAGCUUGCUAAGUUGGCUGGGAAUACAGUGGUUGCAACCUGUGGAGGUCAGGAGAAGGCCAAGCUUUUGAAAGAUUUGGGAGUUGAUAGAGUCAUCGAUUACAGAGCCGAAAACAUCAAAACUAUCCUGAAAACCGAGUUCCCAAAAGGCCUCGACAUUAUCUAUGAAUCUGUUGGUGGAGACAUGUUUGAUCUAUGCUUGAAUGCUCUGGCAGUUUAUGGACGACUGAUUGUGAUCGGAAUGAUCUCUAAGUAUCAAGGAGAGCAUGGAUGGACUCCCUCCAAUUACACCGGGCUCUGCGAGAAGAUUCUAGCAAAAAGCCAGACCGUGGCCGGGUUUUUCCUGCUUAACUAUGCUCACCUAUGGCAACAACACCUGGCCAAGCUGUUCGAACUUUUCUCCUCGGGAAAACUGAAGAUUUCAUUAGACCCCAAAAGUUUCAUCGGCGUCCACUCAGUUGCAGAUGCCGUUGAGUAUCUGCAUUCCGGUAAAAGUGUUGGCAAGGUGGUUGUCUGCAUUGAUCCAUCCUUCAGUCAAAAGAUUGCUAAGCUAUAG